AUGGAGGACACCAAGGACGGUCGGUUGGAAAACGGUUGGGAAGCACUGCAGUUGCCCACUCACGCUUCAGUUAAAGCUCUUCUUACUUCUUCGCCUUCUCUUUUUGGCGACUGUGGUUGGGCUGGAAAAGGUGGUGAACUAACACAUGAUGAGGCAACCAUCAUUAGUGGUGCACUGGAUUUAACUGAAAAGACUGCAGAGGAGGCUAUGACACCCAUUGAAUCAACAUUUUCCUUGGAUGUCAGUUCAAAAUUGGAUUGGGAAUCGAUUGGAAAAAUUCUUGCAUGUGGUCAUAGUCGUAUCCCUGUCUAUGCUGGGAAUUCGAAAAAUAUCAUCAGGUUGUUACUGGUGAAAAUUCUUCUCACGGUACGGCUGGAGACCGAGACACCAGUUAGUAUUGUUUCUAUCCGUAAAAUUCCUAGGGUUCUAUCACAUAUGCCUUUGUAUGAUAUCCUCAAUAAAUUUCAAAAGAGAAGCAGUCAUUUGGCAACUGUAUUGAAGGUUAAAAGAAAGACCACAGACCCUCAAUUCCUUGAUAAUAGGGAGAAAUUUGACGAGCGUAGAUUUACUAAUGGGGAUUCUCAACAAACAACCCCUUUACUGACCAAAUAUGACAGUAAACCACAUAGUGUUAUUGAUAUUGAGAAAUCCAGGCCUAUCACAGUCAAGAGAACUCAUUUUCCUAAUGGUGUCACAUCCGGUACAUUGCAACAGUUUUCAGAGGAUACCGAGGAUGGGGAAGUCAUUGGUAUUAUUACCCUAGAAGAUGUUUUCGAAGAACUUCUCCAAGAGGAAAUUGUUGAUGAUACUGAUGUAUAUAUUGAUGUCCAUAAAAGGAUACGAGUGGCUGCUGCUGCAGCUGCUUCAUCAGUUGCACGUGCUCCAUCCAGUCGUAGAUUGAUUGGUCACAAGCCUUCAGUUGUUCAAAGCAAGCAAGGGAAAAUGACAAAGAAAUCUGUCGGCGAUGAUUCACAAACAGGGAGAUCUCCAGUCAGCAUCGAAUGAUCUUACGCAAAGCAUAACUGAAUUCGUGCAGCUUACUCUCCUUUCCGUGGAUUGUAAAUUCU